AUGGCUACAGAUUCUACGAUAUCUAUCACUGGCCCGAACUCUGGCCUUCAAAUAGGGCAACAUAAUGGCACUAUCACUGCACUUUUAAAUUCCUCCAGUGUUCAAGAUAGCUUCGAAACAUCAGAAAACCAAGACUGUCUGCGUGACCUGUCCAUAACCAACUCCUAUGAUGACAAAGAUCGUAUUGAGGCAGCCAAGGGCGGACUGCUGAAAUAA